GGAGUACCUUGGAAUACCUUUAAGGACUACUUAUGUAUCUGAAGUGACUAUAUGCAUAAAGUUAAAGACACGGGUUUUAACAAUCAGCCUUUUAAUUAAUCUUUCAUCAUCAGAGGAGCUAAAGAGCUCCCAAAUUCCGAAGUUCUCUCAAAGGUGACUAAAGAAUGGAGAAAAAAGUGAGCAGAAUUUAUCCAGUUUCUGAGCCAAGCACAAUAUAUUUUCUACAAGUCACUUGGGAAAAAGACCUAGGCACUGGCUUUAUUAUAACACUUAGCGAUGGUCAGUCAGCAUGGACUGGGACAGUGUCUGAAGCUGAGAUUUCUAAGGAGGCUGAUGACAUGGAAAUGGAAAGGGAGAAGUAUGUUGAAGAACUGAGGAAAGCACUAGUAUUGGGAGCAGGCCCAGCCAAUAUGUACAACUUUGAUGUUUCUAAAGAUGAAGAAAAUGUGGAAAGCUGUGAUUUCUCAUAUGAAAAAAAUCUGAAAGAUGUUUCCUUUAGACUUGGAUCACUGAAGCUACAAAAAGUCUCAAGUCCAACUGAAGUCAUUAAAGAGCUGAUUUGCCACUGCCUAGACUGCAUAGCAGACCUACAUGCCAAAAAGGAGCACCUGCAAAAGGAAAAUGAAAGGCUUCUAAGUGAUUGGAAUGACGUGCAAGGACUGCUGGAAAAAUGUGUGGAAGCUAAAGAAGAACUGGAGGCAGAUCUUUACAAAAAAUUUAUUCUUGUGCUCAAUGAAAAGAAAGCAAAGAUAAGAAAUUUACAAAAGUUGUUAAAAGAAGCUCAGGAACCUGAAGAGGAUACAACACAUGCAAGGGAUAGCAUGGCUACAGUCCAAACUGCUGUUGAAAGAGAGAGAGAUUAUGAUGGCAGCACUGAUGAGGAAAGUGAAAAUUUCUCACAGCCCUCUACAUUAGCAUCAGCUCCAUCAAGGAAGGAUUCCUUUCUCAACAGCCCCGAUGUCACUGAUAUUGCACCAAGUAGAAAACGGAGACAAAGGAUACAAAAACCUGUUGGAGUGGAACCUAAGGUGGCUACAUAUGAGACCCAGCUACCAGCAAAGGAAAAGCAACCCUUCACAUGGGGAUCACACCUCCCUUUGUGGAAUGGGGACUCGGACACCUUCUUGGCAGGAUUCACUGCCCUCCUCCCGCCCUCCUCCAAUCCAUCAGAACUGUGGAGGACAGUCUGUGCACCUGGAGAUCCACGUGAAGGAGGGCCAGUACUGGACUUGAUCCUGCUCCGUCAAAGGCAUCAGACAAGCACCCAUCAGAUGUGUCAUCACUGGAAACUCAGAAAAACACUGCUGAGCCAGAGGACCUCUUUGAUGACAUCUAACUAGGCUUUUUUUCUGUUUUUGCUGAGAAACUAUCAGAACAAAAUUCCUGUUCAACACAAACUGUUAAACCAUUAAGUUUAAUUACACAUUGAGUUGAAGCCAUUAUUCAGAGAGGGUUAUUUGUAAAUGAGGAUGGCACAUUAUUCUAGCCUAUCUGUAUAAUCACAUCAGUUAUCAAAAUCUUCACUCCGGACAUUCCAGCUCUUUGACCUGAUCCUUAGAUUGAUUCGUGCGACUCCGAUGAGGCCUUAAAAUCACAGGUCCUAUGCUACCAUCUCCAGUGUAAGGAGUGUAUCUGGGGAAAGAAGGCAUGGCCAGGAGAUCUCUACACCCCCAGCAAUCCUUGGCUGCACUACAUAACACUGGGGACCUGCUGGUGGCUUAAAGCCAUCUUAUACUUGGCCUCCCCACUUCACCAUCACCCCCUUUCGCGAGCUGCAUAAAGCACAGCCCAGGGACUGGAUUGUUCUCUACAUUACAGAGCUGUUUAUUCUAAAAUAAUUAGUUUAGAAGUUGUACUUUGUGAUGGAAAACACCUGUAUAAGUUUAAUUUAUGGCUGUUCCUUAAAGCUUUCAAAGGCCACCUUUCUAGCAUGAACAUACACUUCAGUAUGCACUCUGAGAUGUAUUUUUGGCUUUGGGAGUGAAAUGGCUGUAAGUUGAUAAUGUCUAUUUUUUCUAACCUAUUGAAUAUUGUCAAAAUAAUUAUUCUUCUGUACUGAGACACUGACAUAGCCUUUUAAAAUAGUCAUUUAUGUAACGCUUUACUGAUUUUUCUCAAGGUAAUUUUUAAAAACAAUAAAUGCA